AUGAUUGCUCUGAAACUUUUCAUUUUCGCAUUCGUGGCUACGGUCGUCAUAGCUGAUGUGAAACCUGUUGCUGAAAUAAUUACUGAGCAUACAAUUGUGAAUCCUGAUGGUUAUAGCUUCGAUUUCAAAUCAAAUGAUGGUAUUUCGCGCCAAGAAGAGGGAAAGUUGAUCACAGUUAAUGACAAAGUCGGUAUCGCAAUAAGCGGUACAUAUUCUUACCCUGGACCUGACGGUGAACAGUACGAGGUGACCUUCACCGCUGAUGAUAAAGGUUAUAAACCCCAGAUCCGAGUUCUACCCGCAGGUCAACGAUAA